AUGUCCGAUCAGAUUGUACAACAUGAUGGUCCGGCGAUCCUCUCGGCUACUGCCGAGGGACGAGUCGGGAUUGACUUCGAUAACCAGCUUGUAAAAUCACUCCUGAGGUUUGCAAAGAAACCAGAAGAUGCAGCUACAGUUGCUGCACCACUACCGCCGUGCUUAGAGAGGGAGUGGAAAACCAGACUCAAUAUUGUGGUGCAAGUCAUUGGGAGCCGUGGCGAUGUUCAACCAUUUGUCGCACUGGGUUGUGAGCUGCGUCGAUCUGGCCAUCGUGUCCGGAUCGCGACUCAUGCUGCGUUCAAAGCCUUCGUUCUGGAAUCAGGACUCGAGUUCUAUCCAGCCGGCGGCGAUCCCCAGGAGUUGAUGGCGUACAUGGUGAAAAAUCCGAGCCUUCUCCCAAGCAUGUCAGCGAUGCGCAGCGGCGAAAUCGGAAAGAAGCGAAAGAUCAUGGCGUUGACACUGGAAGGAUGCUGGCGAUCAUGCAUAUCUCCGGACCCAGACACGCAUGAACCUUUCGUUGCCAACGCCAUCAUUGCAAAUCCUGUCAGCUUCGCUCACGUCCAUUGCGCCCAGGCUCUUGGAGUGCCUUUGCACAUUAUGUUCACGAUGCCAUGGACCGCGACGAAGUCAUUCCCACAUCCGCUUGCGAACAUAAAGGGGUCAGAGGUCGGAAUGGGACGUGCCAAUUACUGGUCAUACCACUUUGUCUCGUACCUUGCCUGGCAAGGACUCGCAGAUGUGAUCAAUGCUUUCCGAGAGCAUACGCUUGGUCUUGCGCAUAUACCUCUUACAGAAGGCCCGACGAUGCUGGAGACAUUACAGAUUCCACACACCUAUUGUUGGUCUUCUGCAUUGAUACCGAAACCCAGGGAUUGGCCGAGUUACAUUGACGUGACGGGAUUCAUCUUCAGGCAGCCGCCUUUCUACCAAGCGCCAACAGAGCUAGAGGAGUUCCUUUCAGGCGGCAGUCCUCCGGUAUACAUAGGAUUUGGCAGCAUCGUGGUCGAAGACCCUCAACAACUUACAAGUACCAUACUGGAAGCGAUUGGAACGACGGGUGUCCGUGCCAUUGUCUCUCCAGGCUGGAGCUCCCUUGCUAGCGUAGAGAAGCAUACGAACAGCGAUGUGUUCUUCCUUACCGGAGACUGUCCACACGAGUGGCUGUUCCAACAAGUCACUGCGGUAGUACAUCAUGGAGGAGCUGGAACAACCACAUGCGGACUACGCAAUCGCAAACCGACAGUGGUUGUGUCUUUCUUUGGCGAUCAAAUUUUCUGGGGCGACAUGAUCUUUGCAGCUGGUGCAGGGCCUCGGCCGAUCCCAUUCGAAACGCUCACUGCUGAGACUCUCGCAGAGGGGCUGGAAUUCUGCUUAAGCGAAAAGGCGCAGGUCGCGGCGUACGAGAUAGCAACACGAAUGUGUGGCGAGGAAGGGGCCCAAGCUGCCGCAACUUCAUUCUACAGACACUUAUCCGCCGAUGUUAUGGCCUGCGAUAUUGUACCAGAGUAUCCUGCGUCCUGGCUCUAUCGACAUGGCUCGAAGACUAUCAAACUCAGCGUACAAGCUGCUGAAUCCCUCCUACUGGAUGGUAGCAUCAAGGCCAAGCAUCUCGAUUUGUACUCACCCUGUCCUCUCCACCUGCGACAUCGACGAUGGGAUCCUGCAACAGGAGUAAUGGCUGCCAUGGGUGAGACGACAACUGGUAUGUUGAACGAAGUCAUGGGCUUCUGGAAGAGACCAGUGGAUCUACACGAGCGACGACUUGCCGAAGCUGUCCUGGCGCAGCAAACUCGUCCAACAAAUGAAAGGGAGUCGAAAGAAACAGCCAGGAACUCGCCGGCUCAUGUUGCCCAGAUGGUGGGUAGUUCGUUAUCCAGCGCUCCAAGAUUCAUGGGUCAAAUGCUGAAGGGUUUCGUGGUGGAUGUACCUCUGGCCGUGACAGAAGGCUUACGGGCUACGCCACAAUUAUAUGGUGACAAAGUGGAGCACCUUGAGCCUGUCAACGACUGGAAGAGUGGCUCUGUGGUUGCUGGUAAACAUUUUGUUGCCAGCUCCAAAUCAGCCGCAUGUGACCUGUGGGAUCAGCCCGAGAAAGGGUACGCCGAAGAAGGCAUGCAAAGUAUUGGCAAGGGGCUUGUAAAAGGUUUGGUCGGAAGCCUGACCAAAACUGGGAGUGCCAUAACUGGUCUGGUCGCGUACCCUGGCGACGGCAUUGCCAAGAGCAUGCACAGCCUUUUCCACAUCAACAUACGCAAUACUAUCGCAGACGCUAAACGAGUCGAAGGCAGAGUAUGGUUGCACAAGGAUCACAAAGAUUUUAUCGCGGAGGCAGUGGUCAACAGAUUCCAACUGAUGCAAGGGAAUCGAGACAAGUUACAAGUGGCCAAAAGGAGGGACUAA